UACGCACUGUCUCUCCCACUCUCAGCGCGCGCGCUCCACAGUUCUGCCUCAGCUCUCCAGUCAUCAUCACAAACAAAGACAGCCUUCAGGGUAGUUGGUGCAGUGCUUUCAGGGGGCUAAAAGUACUUGAGAAUCAGCAGAACAAUUGGGAUUGCGAUCCGCAGCUGUCAGAGUGGACUUUAGAAAAAAACUGCAGUCUAAAUUUACCUUUUUGAAAAUGCAAACCUCUCCGAAUGGCUUUGUUCACUCGUGUGGAUUUAUGCCCUGCUGUCAGUGAGUCGUUUCUCUGUCUCAAUUUGUCCUUCCAAGGAAGCCCCCAGGAGACUACAGGAUGAAAUGGACAGCCUUGCUGUUAGAAUACUUCUUUGUGAAAGUUCUGGUGCUGCUGUGCAGCGCGGACGGGGAAGCGCAGCAGCUCGAGGGCUUUAUAAUGCUCUCAGGAUCCAAUGGGUCCCGGGAUGAGGAGAGCGUUUCUGAACCUCCACAUACUGAAGACAAAUGUCGGGGUUACUAUGAUGUCAUGGGACAGUGGGAUCCGCCGUUCGUUUGUCAAACGGGCAAUUAUUUAUUUUGUUGCGGCACUUGUGGCUUCCGAUUUUGCUGCGCUUUUAAACACUCUCGAUUGGAUCAGAGCACAUGUAAAAAUUACGAUACACCAGUAUGGUUAACAGGACAGACACCGUAUAAGAAAACCAUAGACCCUAGACACGAUCCAACCAAGGAUAAAACAAACUUGAUUGUAUAUAUCAUAUGUGGAGUAGUGGCAAUCAUGGCACUUGUCGGGAUAUUUACCAAACUUGGACUAGAAAAGGCUCACAGACCUCACAGAGAGAGCAUGUCUCGAGCUGUUGCAAGCGUCAUGCAAGGCGCCCGUCAGGGUCAGCAUGAGGAGGCCAUCGGAAUGCACACACAGCAUUAUGACACUGUGCAAGCGAGAGCAAACAACAUGCAAGGCGGCCAGAUAAACAACAUGAUGCAAACGCACCAGUAUCCAGCCCUCAACCAGCUGCCCCAUGUCUAUGAGCAACAGCAAUUGGCAAAAGAGCUCAACAAAUACGCCUCACUGAAGGCCGUGGCGGCCAAAGCCAAUGGUGAUUUCCUCAACAAGCAACACCGCCACUUGGUCGAGUUGGCGGCUAAGGGAAGCCUGCCGCUUCAUUCAGUCAGAAUGGAGCAUGUGGAGCCCACAGCUUCUUAUGUCACUGAGGUCCCGUGCCUCAAGCAAAAUGGACAGAAGCCCAAAAGCAUUAAAGCCAACGUGGCCCAUCCCGCGAUGGCCUACAGCUCCAAUACAAUCGCUAACCCCGGCAUGCUCAGGAGCUGGGAGAACGCAGAGACUGCGGGUCGCCGCAAAACCUACGGCCCUAGGAAGGUGUGCACGAUGGAGCGAGUUAAUGAGCUACACACUGCCCGCAGUCAUCAUUACCUACCAACGCAACCCUACUUUGUAACCAACAGUAAGACUGAGGUGACUGUGUAAGAGGCUGAAAAUGCUUCAAAGCAAGUGGCAGAGAGCCGAGUGAUUAUUUUCAUGAAAGGACUCUCCACACUGCCCCUAGUGGACUGGAGGCACAACAGGGGUGAGCAUGUUACGCUCUCACGAUAACAUCCACUGACUGUGAGGCCAGGGACACUUGGAAACGUUCACCACAAUUUAUAUCCACUUUAACAAUGAUGUGUUUGUGUUCUGUCAAUGGCAAGGUAAAAGGAAACAGAUGUAAAGAAUUGGCACACGUAAAGAUUUAGAUCAAUAGCAAUAAGAUCUAAUAAAUGUGUACGGAAAGAAUGGCUUUGGAGAGAUGAGACAUUACAGAAAUGAAACAUAGCGG